AAUCAGAUUUAGCCGGCGCGUGACGUCAAAUAGUGUUUAUUAGAUCUUCGCAAUUCUAAAAUCUUCCACUACAGAGCAAACAACGGUCCUGUGAAGUCGCGCGGAAUUAAUGAAGCCAUAAACACACUCUUACAAAAAAAAAAAAAAAAAAAUAUUUCAAAAUGGUUGUUGGAAACAGAAGAAAGAUUGAAGCACUCACACGUGAACUGGUACUCACAAAUGAUCAAUUGCAGAAAGUAUCAGUUAACCUUUUACAUGAAUUUCACAAAGGAUUAUCUUGGGAUACCCAUAGCAACGCUGCUGUGAAAAUGUUCCCUACAUAUGUAACAGAUGUCCCAAACGGAAAAGAACAAGGGAAAUUUCUUGCUCUUGACCUUGGAGGCACAAAUUUCCGAGUACUGCUCAUAACCUUAGAAGAGGAGGAAUUCCAAAUGGAAAAUGAAGUUUUCGGAAUUCCUGAAUCUAUCAUGCUUGGCACUGGCGAACAGCUAUUUGAUCAUAUUGCCGAAUGCCUAGCCAAUUUUAUGGAGAGACAAAACGUAAAGCACCUUCAUCUUCCUCUUGGAUUCACAUUCAGUUUUCCAUGUAAGCAAGAAGGAUUAGCUAGUGCUCGACUGACAAACUGGACUAAGGGAUUCAAAUGCUCUGGAGUGGAAGGAGAAGAUGUUGGUGAGCUGUUGCAGGCUGCUGUCACCAGACGAGGGGAUAUUGAUGUAAAUGUUGUAGCAAUAAUUAAUGAUACAACCGGAACUUUAAUGUCAUGUGCCCACAAGAACAGAGAAUGUCGAAUUGGAUUGAUAAUCGGAACGGGAACGAAUGCCUGCUUCAUGGAUACAGUUUAUGUAAAUGAAGGAUCUCGACCUAAAACUCGCCCAUAUAUGGCAAAAUUAGACAAUGACGUAGAUUUGUGGGACAGUGACGCUGUAGAACCACGCCAGGUCAUUGUAAAUACUGAAUGGGGUGCAUUUGGCGAUGAUGGUUGUUUAGACUUUAUACGAACAGAAUAUGACAGGGAAGUUGAUCGAGUUUCCCUUAAUCCAGGAAAACAGCUAUUUGAAAAAAUGAUAUCCGGUAUGUAUAUGGGUGAGGUUGCUCGACAAGUAUUAGUCAAACUUACAAGAGAUGGUUUGCUGUUUGGAGGCAAAUUUUCUACACAGCUCCUGACUCCAUAUGCUUUUAAGACUAAAUACAUAUCAAUGAUAGAAAGUGACAGUAAAAACUCCUUUGAAGAAACUAGAAAUGUGAUGAACUUGCUAGGACUAGAACAUGCCACUGAUUUUGAUUUGAAUAAUGUAAAAUUAGUUUGUGCUAGGGUUUCCACAAGAGCAGCAUUCUUAGUGUCAGCUGCAGUGGCAACUAUCUUGAACAAGAUUAAAAGGCCACAUACCACAGUUGGUGUAGAUGGCUCCGUGUACAAAUGUCACCCCCACUUCCAUGACCUUAUGGAAAAGAAGAUUGAAGAAUUGACUAUUCCAGAUUAUAAAUUCGACUUAAUGCUUUCAGAAGAUGGCAGCGGCCGAGGUGCAGCAUUAGUUGCUGCUGUUGCUGAAAGAUCUCGCUAAGAGAAGUGAACUGUAAAUCUAAGUGUAAAAUACACAACUGUAAAAAGACACUUUCCCAAGAUAGUCAUGUGUAACGGAACUAUGUUUCUGUGCACAAUAUCCCAAGUCAUCAACGUGUGAUGUGAGUUACAUGGCAUAAGCGAUACAGGAAUAAAUUUUAUGACAGUGUGACCAGUUGCAAUCAGCUUUUGUACAGCAUUUGUCAUUAAAAACUCUUUGUACAUCAGAAAUGUGCGAUUGCAAGCCAAUUUAAAAAUACAUGUAUAUUUAAUUUUGA